AUGGAAUUAAGUAGUGACAUAGAAGAAGAUUUUCGUCGUUUAAAUAAUCAAACACAUAUAUCUGAUAAAAAUUAUGAAGAAUUAAUUCAAAAAAUUUUUUCAUUAUUUACAUCAACAAAUUCAAAUAUUGAAUUAUCAUCAUCUUUUGAUAAACGUCUUGUAUCAUCGAUAUUAACAUUUAUAUUUGAAUGUGUUAAAUAUGAUUUUGAUGAAACAUUAAUUCGUUCAAAAUUUGAUGAUCUACAAUUUACAAUAAAAACUCGACAAGAUCGAUUUAUAAAUGAAUAUAAUAAAAAUUUAUCAAUUAUUCAAUUAUAUCUUAAACAAAAAUCAAUAGAAUAUGAUCGUUUAUUAAAUAUUAAUUGGCGUUUAGAUUUACAAUUAAAAACAAAUUAUACUGAUAAACUUCUUCAACCAAUUUAUAUACUUGAUUGGACUAAACGAGAUAAAUAUACAACAAAUAUUGAUCAUAUACAAUUUAGUUGUACACAAGAAAGUUUACAAGAACUUGUAGAAAAAUUAAAAGAUGCACAAAGUGUUCUUCAUCAAAUGCAAUAUCAACAACAAACUAAGAAAUGA